AUGCAGCCUGACCUUCCAUCUCCUCCACACAUGGCAACAUACACGAUUUCAACAGCCCGGGGAGUAUCUGGCUUCUUCCCGGCUCCAGGCCCCGAAACUGAAACCGUGGAAGAUGAGCCUCCAAGAUACCUCUUCCCUAAAAGCUCAACUGAUCUCGUGAAUCUGUUGAAGGCCUUCUAUGAAAGGCCCGACUUUGAAACCAUUAGGGUGCAUGUGAUAGAAGAGUGGCUAUUCAGUCCUGAAGUGAAGGCAGCACUGAAGCCCAUCUGGGAAGAGAGAGCACGAGCACGUCGUAUCUACUACGACCGAGAACGCGGGCAGUUGAGCUCUCUCGGCGGGUUGAGUCGGGAGACGACACUGGACGGCACCGAAAGAAACUUCAGGGACGGAUAUGGAACAGUGGUUUUCCAGAAGCGAGGAAGAUAUCCAGCUAGUUAUACUCGUGGACAUCAAAAAGAACAAAGAGCAUCUCAAGGUCACGAUCCCGAGAGACAAAGACGUUUACAUCGCCUGCUGGAACAGUACGGUACUUCAAUGGGAAGAAGGAGCCACUUCCUCGAUCCCUUAACCGUCGAAGAAGCCUCGGAUGAUUCAGAUCCCGAGAUGUAUCGUGCGAUCCGCAAAGAGGUACAAACAGGAGACUGGGUUGGGGAAAUUGUCGCCAAUCUCGAGGUGUGGGAGAAAGGGCCAUCUGGUCCUCGCCUGCGUGGAACACGCAUUCCUAUCAUACCUCAGCUACAGUCGUCUGACUUGGCAGACCCGGUGGUUCACAUCAGUGAUUUGAUACCUGCUCAGCACCAAAAUAGAUUUGACAACUUUGAUCAGACUCGCACCCCCCGCCUAGGUACGGCAGAUCUUCACAACCAGCUCCUACGUGGCAUAAAGUCACUAGCAUAUAAAAGAGCAUUGACAUCAAUCCGCCCUAGGUGA